GUAGAGGGUGAAGAUGGGGGUUGGUGACGAUAUUGCACCACGGUUCACACAGAAGCCAGUCCUGAAACAGGAAGAUGGCGGGAAACGACUUGUGUUUCAAUGUACGCUGGAGGCAUCUCCGAAACCAAGCAUACAAUGGUUCCAAGGAACAACACCAGUUCCGGAAUCCGACAGAAUUCGCAUGCGCGUGGAAUCCGCCGGCGGAAGUAAAUACAAUAUUAUGAUGGAUAUAAUUGGUGUCACGCAAGCCGAUGCAGGAGCUUAUAAAGUUGUGGCUAAAAACAAACUCGGAGAGGUAUCAGCUUCAAUCAAUCUAAACUUUGGUGCUACACCUGGCCAGAAACAACAAGAUGGAAUCGCUCCAAAUUUUAUACAGAAACCAGUUACUAAACAGGCAGACAAUGGACGCAAACUUUUGUUUGAAUGUCAACUGACUGCAGACCCUGCUCCUGAGAUCACAUGGUUUAGGGAUGAUACCUUAAUCAAAGCCGGUGGUCGAAUCAAAAUCACCAAAACUCCACAGGACCAGAAGAAAUAUUUCAUUGUACUGGAAAUUGAUGGAGUUAAUGCUAAGGACGCUGGAAACUACCGAGUUACAGCUAAAAAUGCUCUCGGAGAGAGCAAUGCGACAAUUAGACUUAACUUUGACAGUGAUGAAAAGAAAGCACAGGGUCAGAAACCGAUGUUUACACAGAAACCUGUCAUCAAACAGGCAGGAGACAAAAUUGUAUUUGAAUGCAAGUUGACUGCCGACCCAAAGCCCACAAUUGUGUGGCACCAGGGUGCAAAGAUCCUCAAGGAUGGUGGGCGCCAUAAGACAACAGUUAGUGCCAACAAGAACGAUUACACUGUGUGUCUGGAAAUAUCCAACCCUGCCAAGGAAGAUGGCGGAGAGUACAAGGCAGUAGCAAAGAACAGCCUUGGCGAGUCCACCGCAACCAUCACACUCAACUUUGAAGGUUUGUAUUCCCCGGAAGGAAAGGCUCCCCACUUCCUACAGAAGCCGACCAUCAAGCAAGAAAAGACAAUGCUAGUCAUGACCUGUAACCUUGAGGCCAAGCCAACUCCCAAGAUUCGCUGGUUCCGUGAGACUCAGGAGAUUACCGAUGGGGGGCGUUACAGUAUCACCCUCACGCCUACUGCGGGCGCUCAGGACAGCUAUACAGCCAAAUUACAGAUCAAGGAUCCUCAGACAGAAGAUGGAGGUUCCUACAAAUGUACUGCGGCCAAUGACCUUGGGGAAUCUAACGCCAACAUCACCCUCAACUUCCAGGGUGGUGCUAAGCCGAAACCUGCAGGAACCCCGCCUACAUUCACAGACAAACCAGUGGUGAACCAAGAGAAUAAGAACCUUGUCAUUGAAUGUAAAUGUAUGGCUAACCCCAAGCCCAUCGUCACCUGGUUCAAAGAUAACAGGAUUAUUACUCCAAACUUCCGUUACAAGAUGAGGACAACAGACAAAGGCGAUGAACACAUGUUGUUCUUGGAUGUUAUGAGUUUCACGGCAAAAGACAGUGGUCAGUACAAAGUCACUGCCAAGAAUGACCACGGCGAGGGUAACGCCACAGUCACCGUCAACCUUGAGGGAAGCAAAGAAGCCCCUCCAAUGUUGAAGGGCCCACCUUCCAUUAAGCUUGAAGAUGGAGGAAAGCGCCUUGUCAUGGAACUGAAGGUAGCAUCAGCCUCCAAGCCUACAGCAAUGUGGUACUUUGGGAACAAGCCUAUUAAAUCUGGGGGUCGCUAUUUCCUGGAUAUAGCCCAUGAAGAUGACUGCUACUUUGCUGUCAUGGAAAUCACCAAUCCGUCUGACCUUGACACAGGAGAUUACAAAUGUGUCCUGAAGAACCCAGGAGGAGAGGCAACUGCCAAUGCCAAAGUUAACUUCAAAGCCCUUCAACCAAAGAUCAAGGGAGAAGCACCCAAAUUCUCGCAGAAGCUCUCCCCAAAAAAUGUCGUUGAUGGGGAUGCUGUUGACCUUAUCGCCAAGGUGACUGGUACAGAGCCGAUAGAAGUUACAUGGUUCAAAGACAAUAAGCCUCUUGCUGCUUCUGAUGUGUACAAAAUCUCCUACGACAAGGGAACAUGUCGUCUUUACUUCCCAGAGGUGUACCCAGAGGAUGCUGGAAACUACCAAGUGGAAGUAAAGAAUGUUGCAGGGUCUGCUAUGUGUAUGGCUAGUCUGUCUGUCAAAGAUAACCCACAGCAGGACCAAAAGGGCAAGAAGGACAAGAAACAAGAAGAUCCGAAAGCUAAACAACCUGAGGCAAAGCCCGCCCCUCAGAUCAAGGAGCCCGAACAACAAGCAUCUAAAGUGCAACCACCAGCUAUCAUAGAACCAGGCGAUAAUAAAGCUAAAAAAGCAGAGCAAACAAGUGCUGCGAAGGAUGACGGCUAUGAGCAGGAAGGACCCAAGAAAGUGCCGAAACCUGGGAAGAUCGAUGGCCCCACCCACACCUUCGCUAAUAAGGUGGACAACCAAGUCAUUGUAGAGGGUGACCCUAUUAAGGUCGACGUUAAGAUCAAUGUCCAGGAUGGAGCUACAUCACCCGUAGUGCGGUUCAUGAAGGGCAAGCGAGAACUGAAGAACGACUCGCGCACAAACAUCGUGCAGGAAAAGGCUUCAGCAAAGCUUGUAAUGAAUAAAUCAAGAUUUGCGGACGAGGCCAAAUACACAGCACAACUCAUGCAAGAUGGCGUCACUGUUGAUGAAAUGACCUGGAGCGUCUUUGUUAAAGAUCCUAAAGAUUCGAGCUUGGACUUCAGGAACCUCUUAAAACAUAGGCAAAGCAAGAAGAAGGACAGCACAGAGGAGGAUCCUGACUGGGGAAAUCUCAAACCAGUCGACAAGAAGAGACGUCCUUCUCAGAUUGAGAUGAUGAAGGCUAACCUGAAGAAGAUUGAAAAAACAGGAAGUGACAGUGAGGAUGAGAAGCCGGGUAGCCAGACUUCCUCAAGAAGGAGUUCCUUAUUGAUUGAUAAAGUCGAGAAGACCACAUUUGAGAGUGUCAGCAUGACUCAGAAAAAGACAUCUGUGGAAGCUGUUAAGAUUGAGGAGUCCACCACCGUGAUGAAAAUGACCAAAAGGGCCUCAGUUGAGGCAGCUGAGAUAGAGCAGUCAAAGCUAAAAAUAGGCAAGGGAAAAAUCCCGGCUGCUGAGGCUGAAGGAGAAACUGUUACACUGAAAAAAGUCAGCGCCCAAGAGGAAGCCGGGCUAUCACUGAAAAAAGUCAGCGCCCAAGAGGAUACCGGGCCAUCAGGUCCAUUUAUCACACCAAAGAAGUCAUCCCUCAUUCCAGAUGAGACUGAUUCCCAAGCUGGCCCAUUUGUCAAACUUAAAAAGGUUUCUUCUGGACAAGUAGAGGCUGAGGAGAAGACUUAUCUUGAAGUACCUGAUGCGAAGAGUAAGAAAAAGAAGAAGAAAUCCAUUACAGAACAGGCUCAACAGGUGUUCGGGGUGAAACUGAAAGGAAUGAAAGGAGGCAGGGACGAUUUUGAAGGGGAUGUGGACUUUGGUGUCCAACUCAAGAGUUUUGGAACAAAAAAGGAGCCCGACAAGUUUUUGGAGGAACUUGAUGAUAUCAAGACUAUCGAGGGUGAAAAGAUGGUCCACUUCAGCUGUGGAUUCUGUAAACCUAAUGCCCAGGUCAAAUGGUUCAAGAACAAACUGGAAAUCUUCAACGGUCAUAAGUACCAUUUUGAAAAUGAUGGCCAAGAAUACAUCUUAGAUAUUCAAAACGUGAAACUAGAGGAUGCAGGAAAAUAUACCUUGGAGUGUAAUGGUGUCAAGACAUCAGCUUGGCUUUAUGUUGAAGCUAAGGAGCCUGAGUAUGACUUCACCCAGAAACUGCCUCCGAAGUAUGAGAUCACACGCAUGAAGGAUGGCGUGCUCGAGUGCUUUGUAUCUGAUCCUAGAGCAAAGGUGAAAUGGUUCAAGAACGGCGAACCAAUUGAAUAUACGCCUGGUAAAAUGGAGAUCCAGCGUCGUGAAAACAGAUGUAUGCUUAAAAUCAUCAACGCCAAUUCCGAAGAUGAGGCCGAGUACACCUGUACUUGUGGUGCAGCUUCAACCUCUUGUAAACUGGCCAUCACAGAACCUGAAUGGGAGUUCAUGAAGAAGUUGGAUGAUAUUGAGGCUAUGGAGAGAGAAAAGUGUUACUUUGAAUGUGAUGUCAGUGACCCUGAGGCUGAGGUCCAUUGGUUCAAAGGAAAAUCUGACAAGGAGCUGCCAUCUGGUGGUAAAUAUGAGAUCAUUAAAGAUGGUAUGAAGCGCCGCCUGGUGAUCAAGAAUUGCAGCAUGAAGGAUGGGGGAAAGUACACAUGUAAAGUUCUGGAUAAGGAAACAACUGGAGAACUUUUCAUUGAACCUGACAUCAAAUUCUUCAAGAAGCUUGAGGAUAAAAAGGAGAAAGAAAAAGGAACCCUGGUGUUGGAGUGCAAAGCGUCUAACCCACACAACCAACCAGUAAAAUGGCUUCUUAAUGGCAAACCUAUAGACAAGGAUGAUCCGAGAGUUGAGAUUACCAAGAAGGGCGAACAGAACAAGAUGGUCAUCAAAAACCUGAAGCAGGAAGAUAGUGGUCAAUACACAUGCCAGGUCGGCGAAAGGCCCUGUCGUUGUAAUGUGACAGUUGAUGAACUGCCGAAACCACCCAAGGUUGAUCCUGCUUUUAUCCCAGAGGAGAUUGUUGUGAAGAGGGGAGAAACCAUUGCUAUGGCUAUUCCUUUUAUUGGUACACCAAAACCAUUUGCUUCCUGGAAGAAGGACGGUGUUGGUUUGAGUGAAGCUGAUACUGACAUUGAGACUGCUGACAAAGUUGCCAAGCUCAACAUCCCCAACGCACAACGUGGGGAUACUGGAGAGUAUGAACUUACCCUCACAAAUGAGGUGGGCACUGAAGUCAUCCCCAUCAACGUCAGAGUUCUUGAUGUGCCCGGGCGUCCCCAGGGUCCCCUGGAUGUGGUCGAUGUUUACUCUGAUCGCUGUGCCCUCCUGUGGGAUCACCCUAAGGAGGAUGGUGGCUGCCCCAUUAAACAUUACAUUGUGGAAAUGAAGGAUGCAGAGAAAGACUCCUGGGAGGAGGUCUGUACCACAGAGGAUUUGGAGAUUGACGUUGCUGAUCUCAAACCAGGUCAUCGCUACCAGUUCAGAGUGAAAGCUGUCAAUGAACAGGGCGUCAGUGAACCACUCACUGCUGAUGGAGAAAUCAUCGCUAAAGAUCCUUGGGAUCCCUCUGAUCCCCCAGGUGAGCCAUCCAUCCUUGAUUAUGACAAGGACUAUGCUGAACUGGCAUGGUCUCCACCACAGAAUGACGGAGGAGCUCCUAUUGAGAAGUAUGUUAUUGAGAAGAAAGAAAAAGGAAAAGACAACUGGGAGAAGGGUGUUGAGAUACCAGGCAGUGAGUGCCAGGGUACAGUUGAGGGUCUUGUAGAGGGCAAGGAAUACGAGUUCCGUGUAAUGGCCAAGAACAAGGCUGGCUUGUCUAAACCCAGUGUGGUGUCACCUCCUGUCACCACCAAGGCUAGGCGAGUGAAGCCCAGGAUUUUGGACAAAGACAAGUUGGCAACUAUUAAAGUGAAAGCUCCAAAGGAAUUUGCUAUGACUGUGGAGUAUGUUGGGGAGCCUGCGCCAGAGGUCAAAUGGACCCGUAAAUUACUGGCUGAUCUUAAAAAGAAGGAUGACAGUGUGGAGACAGUUGAGGCCGGUGGUGACGUGGUUAUCAACAAUGAUGUUCCCAAGAAAUCUACCAUUAACUACAAGAAGACAGUGAGGAAGGAUACCGGCAUGUACACCUGCACUGUGGCUAAUAAGCACGGCUCUGAUUCCGUUACUGUGGAAGUGGUGGUACUUGCACCACCAUCAAGACCUGAAGGUCCGCUGGCUGUCAAGGAUGUGACUAAGGACAGCGCUACACUGGAAUGGAAAGCACCCAAGGACAACGGUGGAAAUGACAUCCAAGGCUACAAAGUUGAAAAGUAUGACACCAAGAAGGGUCGCUGGGAGCCUGUUAAGGAUUUGGUGAGAGGCACCAGUCUGACUGUUCCCAAAUUACAGGAAGGCCACGACUACAAGUUUAGAGUUUCAGCAAUCAGUGACAAUGGAGAGAGCGAACCCUUAGAAACAGAGGAACCCGUCACAGCCAAGAAUCCAUUUGAUGAACCCUUCCCACCUGCCCAGCCCCAAGUUGCCGACCAAAACAGGGACCACAUUACCAUUAAGUGGGAACCACCAGAGAGUGACGGUGGCAACCCCAUCAAAGGCUACAAUGUUGAGAGAAAAGAACCAAAGAGCAACCGUUGGGUCAAGGUCAACAGGGACCUCGUCAAGGAGUUAGAAUUUGAAGAUGCAAAGGUUGUUGAUGGAAAAGAAUAUGAAUACAGGGUGAUGGCUGUAAAUGAGGCUGGCAGCUCUGAACCUAGUGUUGCUUCUAAGCCAAUCUGUGCAAAACCCACCAAAGAGGCUCCAAAGGUCAGUUUGGAUUCUCUGUUUGGUGCUAAGGAGAUCCGUGUGAGAGCUGGUGAACCACUUAACAUCAAAAUGGGUAUCUCUGGUGCCCCUACUCCUACUGUUACCUGGCAGAAAGAUGGCCGCCCUCUUUCACCUCGGGCUGCAACAACUAACAAUGAAGAUUCUGCCAAACUGAAUGUACCCAAGGCAGAAAGAGGUGACACUGGUAAAUAUACAGUCACUGUGUCUAACGAGAGUGGUACCCACUCUGCUGACAUCCCUGUCGUUGUUCUGGAUGCACCUGGACCUCCAGAAGGACCACUAGAUGUCAGUGAUGUGUUUGCCGAAAGCUGUGUCUUGUCCUGGAAGAGACCAGAGGAUAAUGGAGGCGCAGAGGUCACAGAUUACAUAGUUGAGAAGUGUGAAGAGGGCAGCACUACCUGGGAGAAGGUUCCAGGUAUUGUCAAAGGCACUUCUCACCCUGUCAAGGGACUUAAGGAGGGAAAGAAAUACAAGUUCCGCGUAAAGGCAGAGAACAUGUACGGGGUCGGUGAACCGUUGGAGACCACUAAACCAACAUUGGCCAAAAACCCAUACGAUACCCCUGAUGCACCCAAGGAUGUACAAAUACCCAAGUAUGACCGUAGGUCAGCAGAUCUUACCUGGAAGGCACCAGAAAAUGAUGGUGGUAACCCAAUCAAAGGUUAUGUUGUUGAGAAGAAGCCACGAGGAGGCGAUUGGAUCCAAGUCAAUAAUUUCCCUGUGAAGGACACACAGUUCACUGUGAUGAACUUACAGGAAGGCCAGGAAGUCGAAUUCAGGGUCAUGGCUGUUAACGAUGGAGGUGUAGGCAAACCAAGCAAGGCCACGCCCCCACAUCUGGUCAGGGACCAAGUCUUUGCUGCCGGUGCACCUUCGGCUCCUAACGUGGACAAAAUCACCAAGAACUCUGUGGACCUGUCCUGGAAGAAGCCGAACAACGACGGAGGUGGUAGGAUUACUGGAUACAUCGUGGAGAAGAAAAAGGCAGGAGAAGACUGGAAGGAGUGUGCUGAGGUAGCAGGUACUUCAUGCAGCAUACCAAACCUUACAGAAGGCGACGAGGUACAAUUCCGUGUCAUCCCAGUCAAUGCUUUCGGACCGGGAGAGGCUAGUAAGCCAACCUCGGUCAUCAAGGUGGAGAACCAGCCAGAAAAGCCAUCAAUGGACAUGUCUGGAGUGAAGGAUAUCAGUGUGAAGGCCGGUCAGACCAUCAGCAUCAAAAUCCCAUACACUGGAUUCCCCAAACCAACCGCAGCCUGGGUAAACGGUGAUACAGACAUCGAGGAAGAUUCACGCACUGAUCUGAAGGUCAAGGAUGACUGUGUCAUGUUGACUACCGCUAAUGCCAAGAGGUCAGAUACUGGUCGCUACAAGGUCACCUUGAAGAAUCCUUCUGGAUCAGAGUCUGUGUCCCUUGGUGUUAAAGUCCUUGAUAGGCCUGCUGGACCCACUGGUCCAUUGACUGCAUCAAACAUUAACGGAGAUGAGUUGACCUUGAAAUGGAAUCCUCCUAAGGACGAUGGCGGUGAGCCUAUCAACAACUACAUCGUGGAAAAACGUGUUGAUGGAACUGACAAGUGGAUGAAGGUCAGCAGCUUCCUCACAACACCUCGAUGUGUAGUCCGGAACCUGGACCCUGGCACCAAGUAUGAGUUCCGUGUGAUGGCGGAAAACAGCUUGGGAGUCAGUGAUGCACUGGAAACUGAUGAGGCCAUCUUGGCCAAACUACCUUUCGACACACCCAGUGCCCCAGGAACCCCCAAGUGUACUGGUACUACAGAAGACUCCAUCAGUCUGACCUGGACACCACCUCGCCGUGACGGGGGCAACCCUAUCCGUGGCUACAUCGUGGAAAAGCGUGAGAAGGGAGACGACAAGUGGACAAAGGCUACCUAUGGAGAGGUUGCUGACAAUGAAUGCACUUGCAAAGGUCUUCAGGAUGGCAAAGAGUACGAGUUUCGUGUGGCUGCUGUCAACGAGGCUGGACCUGGUGAUUUCGCUAUGACAUCUGACGCCAUCAUGGCUAGGGCUCCUCCAGUGGCUCCCAAGGUCAGUCCUGACUACAUUCCUCGUGACAUUAUCGCCAAGGCAGGAGAAGAAUUCAAGAUUGCAAUCCCAUACAUUGGAAACCCUAUCCCUAAAACCACAUGGAGCCUUAGUGGCGUUAGUGUACUGGAGGAUAGCCGUAUCAAGUUUACAAAUGACCCCACGGAGGUCAAGCUUGUCAACAAAUCAGCCAAGAAGAGUGAUGCUGGAAAGUACAACAUCAUGUUACAGAAUGAGAAGGGAUUUGACUCACUUUACGUCAACGUAAUCGUCGUUGAUGCCCCAGGCAAACCAGAAGGUCCCCUGGAGGUCAAUGACAUCACACCAGAUUCAUGCAAGCUGACAUGGUACCCACCAAGGGAUGAUGGUGGUAGUCCCAUCACCAACUACCGUGUGGAAAAGAUGGACAAGAAGUACGGUAACUGGGAAAGUGUUAGCAAAUAUGCUCGUGGCACAAGUUUCGAAGUCAUGGACCUCGUAGAAGGCCAUGAGUACUGUUUCCGUGUCAUGGCAGAAAAUGAGCAUGGUGUGAGUGAGCCAUUAGAGACAGCAACAUCAGUGGUGGCUCAACAUCCAUACACUGCUCCCGAUUCUCCUGGUAAGCCAACUGUUGAGGAUGUAGAUGAGGAUUCAGUCACACUAAGCUGGACAAAACCAAAAAGUGAUGGAGGAAAGAAGAUCCAGGGAUACGUUGUGGAAUACCUUGAUCCCUACUCCGGCAGGUGGAAGGCUGCUAAUGAUCUUCCAGUUUCAGAUACUACCUUCACAGUACCUGGACUGAAGAAAGACAAGGAGUAUGAAUUCCGUGUAAAGGCAAAGAACGUGGCAGGUCUUGGAGAACCGAGCGCAGUGAUUGGCCCAGUUGUACCCAAACCUAAAUAUGGAAAAUCUGGACCACCCGGUAUUCCUGUAGCCUCUGCUGUUGGCCGCACAUACAUUGAUCUCAAGUGGGAUCCACCCACAAAUGACGGUGGCAGCAAGGUUACUGGUUAUGUGAUUGAGAAAAAGCCUAAGAACUCAGACACAUGGACUAAGGCUAACAACUUCAACGUGCGUGAACCAUACUUCACAAUCAACGAACUUCCAGAAGGAGAAGAGUUUGAGUUCCGUGUGGCAGCUGUCACUGCUGCCGGUGUCGGAGAGUACAGUAUGAGUACUGCACCAAUCAAAAUCAAGGAGCCUGUCGUUGGAUCACCCGCUGAAUUCACGAAGAAGCUGUACAAUGAGAAAGCUCCUCUUGGUGGAGAGGUCACAUUCUCCAUCCAAACACAUGGCAAACCCCUGCCUGAAGUCACAUGGUAUAAGAAUGGUGUUCCUAUUGGUAAUACCAGUCGCACCAAGCUCACACAGAAUGAUGACAAUUUCAUGUUUACUCUUUCUGACGUUGGAGAGAGUGAUGCUGGAGAGAUUACCUGUGAAAUUUCAAAUAAUUUGGGACGUGAAUCCUGUUCCUGCCAACUCGCUGUCUUGUCUCCUCCCAGAAUGGAGAAGUCACUACCAGACAAACAGGUAGAACUUGGAGAUCAGUUCAAACUCAAGAUUCCUUACAGUGGAACAGGACCAUUUGAGAUUAAUGUAUUGAAAGAUGGCCGUGAAUUAAAACAAGAUAACCGUGUGAAGGUCACAGAAUUUGAUGAUUAUGUUGUAUUAGUCCUUAAAGAAUCUGUAGAAGAUGACACUGGAGCCUAUCAGGUUAAGGUCUCCAAUGCUAGUGGAUCUGCUAGUACAGGCUUCAAGCUGGGAGUUGUCAGUGCCCCUGGAGCUCCAACUGGACCCCUGGCAGUUUCAGACAUCACCAAAAACACAUGCAGUCUUUCCUGGAAGGCUCCAAGGGAACUUGGUGGAGGAAAGUUAUCACACUAUGUUGUAGAACGACAGGAGAUUGGCAAACCUUACUGGGUCACUGUGUCCUCACGCUGCAAGGACACCCAGCAGGAUGUUCAGGGGCUGUUUGAAAACAACCAGUACUUAUUUAGAGUGUCAGCUGUCAAUGAAUUUGGACAAUCCGAACCGCUCAAAGCUGAAAACCCCAUCAUUGCCAAGAUGCAGUUUGAUGCUCCGGGAGCACCAGGUGUACCUGAGGUAACACAGGUGGGAGGAGACUUUGCCAGUCUGUCCUGGGAGAAGCCCCAUUCUGAUGGCGGUGGUCGUAUCCUUGGAUACUGGAUUGACAAGAAGGAGCACCGUACCGACAACUGGACUCGAGUCAACAGUCAGAUCUGCACCACCAACAUCUUCAAUGUGCCCAACCUGAUUGAGGACAAGCAAUAUGAAUUCCGUGUAUUUGCUGAGAAUGAGGCUGGCAUGAGCAAGCCUUCUAUGGCAUCCACUAGUGUAAAGAUCAAGGACCCUGAUGCUGCUGUACUGCCAGAGUUUGUCCAUCCACUCAGAAAGAGUCAAUGUGUUGCUGGAAAAACAGCUAGAUUUGAGGUUGAAAUCACUGGCACUCCUAAACCAGAAGUGUCAUGGUUUAAGGGAAGUCGUGAGGUGUAUGAUGGAGGCAGGUAUGAGAUCACCAAUGAUGGAAACAUCUACUCGUUGGCCAUCAAGGACGUAUUUGGUGAGGAUCAGGAUGAAUAUACUGUCCGCGCUGUAAACAAGGCAGGAUCCCGCGGCUCCAGAGCUGACCUAGAAAUCAAAUCUCCUCCCAAGGUCAAUGUUCCAGCAAGGUUUAAAGAAGUCAGCACCUUCGAGAAGGGAGAACCAGUUGUGCUCAAAAUUCCAUUCACUGGUAACCCCAAACCAUCUAUACGAUGGGUACGUGAUGGUCAGGAAUUGCGAGGUAAGGACUACAUCCAGGAGGUGGGCGAGAGACAUGCCAUUCUCACUAUCAACCACGCAACCAAGGAACAUGACGGACCCUUCAGGAUCAUCUUGGAAAAUGACCUUGGCACAGAUGAAGCUGUGAUUAAAAUACAGGUUAACGACCGCCCAGAUCCUCCUCGCUUCCCCGUUGUGGAAAAUAUUCGUGAAGAUUCAGUUGUGUUGUCUUGGAAACCGCCCAUGAAUGACGGUGGUAGUUUCAUCACUGGUUAUGUGAUUGAGAAGUGUGAACCCCCAGCUCAACACUGGGUCCGCAUCGCAAGUACAAGAAUGGCAUUCCAUAACGUGACAAGCCUUCAGAGUAAUAAGGAGUAUCAGUUCCGUGUGGCUGCCGAGAAUCUGUACGGACUUAGCGAGCCUUGUGAACCUACAGCUACAAUUAAAACUGAUGAUAUUGAAUCGAAAAAGAAGAAACAUAUGGAAGAUGAGUUUGGUAGAAAGAUCCGAGGCAAAGGACCAAAGAUUGCUGACUAUGAUAGAUUCUAUGAAGAUUUAUGGAAGAAAUAUGUUCCCCAGCCUGUCACUGUAAAACAGGACAACAUAUAUGAUUAUUAUGACAUCUUGGAGGAGCUAGGAAGUGGAGCCUUUGGUGUUGUCCAUCGCUGUGUUGAGAAGAAGACUGGACGUGUGUUUGUGGCUAAGUUCAUCAACACUCCUUAUCCGCUUGACAAGGCUACUGUUCGUAAUGAAAUUAACAUCAUGAAUCAGACCCACCAUCCCAAACUCCUCACCCUCCACGACGCCUUCGAGGACAAAUACGAGAUGAUUCUUGUCCUGGAAUUUUUGGCGGGAGGCGAGCUGUUUGAUAGAAUAGCUGCUGAUGACUAUAAGAUGAACGAGGCUGAGGUCAUCAACUAUAUACGACAAGUUUGUGAUGGUCUGAGACAUAUGCAUGAAAAUAGCAUUGUCCAUCUUGACAUUAAGCCCGAGAAUGUUAUGUGUGAGACUAAGAAGAGCACAGGUGUAAAGAUCAUUGACUUUGGUCUUGCUACCAAACUCAACCCUGAUGAAAAGGUGAAGGUCACUACAGCCACGGCAGAGUUUGCCGCCCCGGAGAUUGUGGACAGGGAACAUGUUGGGUUCUACACUGACAUGUGGGCUGUUGGUGUACUGGCCUAUGUCUUGCUUAGUGGGUUGUCUCCCUUCGCUGGUGAGGAUGACCUGGAGACACUACAGAAUGUAUCCAUGUGCGACUGGGAGUUUGCUGAGGAUGCGUUCUCGUCAAUCUCACCUGAGGCAAAGGACUUCAUCAGGAAAUUGCUCAUCAAACAACCUACGAGGAGAAUGACUGUACAUGAGUGCCUGGAACAUGCUUGGCUCAAGGGAGAUCUUAGUGACCGCCAGACCAGAAUUCCAUCCAGUCGUUAUGACAAGAUCCGGGCUAGAAUUGCUCAACGCUAUGCUGACUGGCCAGCCCCCAUGCCUGCUAUUGGUCGUAUUGCCAACUACAGCUCACUGAGGAAACACAGACCCAAGGAAUACAACAUCUUUGAUGCCUACUUCGAUCGUAAAGAGGCCAUCCCCAAGUUUAUUCGUCGCCCCAGGAAUGUAGUGGUUGGUGAGAAUCAGUCAGCAAGAUUUGACUGCAAGGUCAUCGCAGCUUCCCCACCAAUUAUCACCUGGCACUUCAAUGACCUCCAGCUCACCCAGAGUGUCAAGUACAUGCAGAAGUACCUGGGAAAUGAGUAUCAGCUCAAGGUCAGCCGUUGUAAAGGAGACGACAAAGGAGAGUAUACUGUGAUUGCGCAAAACUCCUUCGGACGCCGUGAGGAAAAGGCCAAUCUAUCUGUGGAAUCCAUGCCUGUCCUGGCACCAAUGACUCCCAGUAGGAGCACCACCCCAAUGAGAAGGAUGUCACGAGCAAUGUCAGAACCUCCAGAGCCGCCAAGGGAUGAACCCCCUAAAUUCAGCUUCGACCUUCGACCUCGUCUCAUCCAAUCAGGAGGGGAUUUCAAAUUAAUCUGUUGUGUGCAAGCUCAGCCACAACCAAAGGUCACCUGGUACAAGAAUGGAGUUGCUUUGGUUAAAGAUCGGCAUUAUUCAAUUUUCUACUCGACUGGAGUGGCCUCCCUUGAAGUGCUGUCAGCUCGUGUGGAUGACACUGGACGCUACACUUGUGAGGCUAUCAAUGAACUUGGAAAAGUCGAGACAAGCUCCAAGGUCACCGUAGAAGAUCGAGCACAUCAUGAGGACACCGCUAAAGGUUCGACCCUUACAUCAUCCACCUCUCGCAUGGUGAGGCGGACGGCCGGUGGUACUGAUGAGUCGAGCAGUUAUUUCAGCGAGUCGUCAUCCUCCACCGUGACCUCGACCACAAGGUCAUCACGUCGUGUCAUUGAGGAAGUGUCGGAAGAUUCCAGCUCAUACUCAUCCAAACGGAGUGAGAGAAUGAAAAGGUCAGAGUAUCAAGAAGAAGCGCCGUCAUUUGAGGAGAACCUGGAAGCUCAAAUUCUAAAUGAGGGUGAUCGCCUGAAAUUCUCUUGUACUGUUAAGGGGAAACCUGAGCCAGAAGUUGAAUGGUACCUGGAUGGAGAGAAACUGAAAAGUGACUCCCUGGUGUCCAUCAAGAACGUGGGUGGUAUAUGUACACUGACAAUAGCCGCUGUCUCUGUUGACGAUGAAGGUACAUACCUCUGUAAGGUGACCAACUCAGCCGGCUCUUCCUCCUCCAAAGCCACACUACAGGUCAAUGCAACGAAGAAAGAAGAAAAGUCUAUGGACCCUCCGAGAUUUCUGAGUCAUCCCCUGGGUCGGUGUCUGAUGGACGGAGAUGCUACUAGACUGGAGUGUAGAAUCUCUGGUAGCCCCGAGGUGACUUGGUACAGAGGAAAGGAAAAAAUAGUGGAUUGUGAAGACUUCCGAUACGAGAAUGCUGAUGAAGUAUACAAAUUAAUUAUAGUAGAAGUGUUUCCAGAGGACAGUGAUAUAUAUAGGAUUGAAGCCAAAAAUUCAGUUGGAACUGUCUCCAGUAGUUUCUCCAUAAGGGUUGAUGUGCCUGAAGAGACACCUGUUGGCCCUGUGUUUCAAUCAUUCCCUCACUCACAAAGUGUAGAUGAGGGUAAAUCCGUCCAGUUUUCUUGUCCAAUAGACGAUGCAGAAACAGUUUUAUGGAGCAAAGAUGGUAGAGUAUUAGAUGACACAGGUAGAUUCAAAAUCAGCCAAUCAGGAUCCAGUUAUAGUUUUGAAAUCCCUGCCGCCUUGGUAACAGAUUCAGGGGUGUACUGUGUGGAGGCUAGAAGUGAAAAGGGCACUGCCAAGGGAAUCUUCACCCUGAGUGUUGCUGUAAGUUCAUCGCCAUGUGCAGACAUUGACGUACUACAACUUAUUAAGAAGGCAAUGCAGUGAAGGUUGCGGUAGACUACGUUUAGGCCUGAACUGAACAUACAUUGUGAUAAGUAUGCUGUGUUUUAACAUGCGGUGGACUGACGCUCUCGAAAACAUUGUGAACCCAAACAACAUCAGGGCAACUUGUACAGAUAUAUAUUAACAAAGACAUUAAGAUCACAAUCAUCCUGGGUAAUUACCAUUAAUUACAGAAUCAAUGACUCAGUUUUUUUGAGGGAACUUUUUUGUGCCUGGAAACAGUGAAGAAUUUUGUUGAUAUGAUAUUUUCAGUCAAUAAUCACACAAAGUGACAGAAUGGUUAAGAAUGUCACGUUGAAUUCUUAUCAUGUCAACAUAUCUGUUGGCUGCGAAAAAAUAACAACAUGUGAGCUGACGAAGAACUGCACAUACUAAGUUUAUUGUGGUCUUAAUUUGUGAGUUUAUUUUUUAUUGAAAUUCGUAAUUGUAAAUCUGCAAUUAUGGGAGUCAAUUUGCAUAUUGAUGUGCGCCAUCAAACGACAUGAUAAAAACCAAAAAAAUAUGUCUAAAAGUUUGAAGGAUGGAUUACCUUUAAUUACAUUAAAAGGAAAGGACAAUUUUUACUUGAACUUUUAUUAAGGAAUGUUGAAUGAUAUUGGGAGCGAUAUUAAUAUAAAUAAAGUGUUUUAUUUAUUUUGAGAUUGAAAAUAACACUUGUUUAUGUCAGCGAAUUGUAAUCAGGUUUUUUAACUGUUUAUUUGUCAUAUGUGUUUUAUUUCAUACUUAUUUUAAUAGUUCAUCAGUGAUAUAUUUAUAGUGUUGAUUGUUGGUCUAUUGGGCGUGUCAGUCCUGGAGAUGAUUUUAUCGCAAGAUUAAUAUAUACGGAACUUUGAGUCUCUGCCAUAUCAGUAAUUAUUACGAAAAGUCUGCAUUAUAUUUAUAUUGAAGAAGGAAUGUAUCAUAGACUUUUUAAAUCGACAUGUGUUGUGUGUCCCACAGUUACUAUAAACUCACGGUACGAUGCCAGAUGUUACAUCACAAAACUGCAAUACUUCUUUUUAAUUGAUACUCAAUGGGUUUUUUGUCUCUUUGGUGUCGACCAUUAAUCCGAGAUUCGUGGUCUCAUUGAGAAGCUGCACUUAAACAAAGAAUUUGUAGUCAUUUUGGCUCACAACUCUUGAGUAUCAAUACUUACCAAGUAAUCCAGGGACUUGUGUUUCCUUGGCUGUUUAAGAACUUAAUCCAGGCUUGCAGCUUUCUUGGGUUUGUAGUCUGAUACAUAUAUUUCUGAGGAAUUUGUCGCCACUAUGGCUUCCAAAAUAGGCAUCCAAAAUAAAUUAAUGGAUGGGACAGUAACCCUGGGAAUGUCUAGCCUUCUUGGUGUAUUUAUAAAUUGAUACUUAACUUUGAUUUUUGCAGUCGUGGGAUGUCAUAAGGAACACACACAUUAGUUGUGGGAUGUCAUAAGGAACAGAUACAUUAGUUAUGGGAUGUCAUAAGGAACACACACAUUAGUUGUGGGAUGUCAUAAGGAACACACACAUUAGUUGUGGGAUGUCAUAAGGAACACACACAUUAGUUGUGGGAUGUCAUAAGGAACACACACAUUAGUUGUGGGAUGUCAUAAGGAACACACACAUUAGUUGUGGGAUGUCAUAAGGAACACACACAUUAGUUGUGGGAUGUCAUAAGGAACACACACAUUAGUUGUGGGAUGUCAUAAGGAACACACACAUUAGUUGUGGAAUGUCAUAAGGAACACACAUUAGUUGUGGGAUGUUAUAUGGAACAAAAAAAGCCAGUUGUGUGAUGUUAAGUCAUAUCAUGUCCUUUAGAUAUAUUAGUCCUACAAAAAUACAAAAAAUAUCAUUAAAAAUAACAUUGAAUUGAUUUAAACUGUUUUUCAAAUUGAAAAUUUCAAAAACAGGAUAUGUAGUGAUUUUAUUUUCACUGAAGUCUAGUGAUGAUAGUUAGACAUUAACGUUCAUGAUUAGAACUUAGAGAGUAGGUUGUACACCAUGGACAUGUUAUGUGUUAACAUAUCACUAUUAUAUAGCCUCAAGACCUCAGCUUUAUCUUAAUUGCCCCCUCUAAAGCUGCUCUUGUCCCAAGUUUAUACAAAUUCUAUGACACCCUGCUUGUAUUAAACCUUCAACAGUCAUUUAAAAUAAAUGCUAAUUUCUA